UGCUCCGAAACCGGACACACUGUUGUUUGUGUUGUGGCUGUCUGUGGUGGGUGUUAUUUGGCAAGUUCACGUAGCUAGUGACGGUAAUGGUGCGUUUCGGUGUGAUAUCUACUGCACGUGUGAUCGACUAUUUUCGUCUAGAGCAAGUCUAAUAACGAUCAAUAUUGUGAAAAUCCAGAGGUAACAGGUGUUCUAAGUGUCAUUAAGAAACGCCAGAGUUAUUGAAGGAAAUGGUCAUCACUUCCAUUACCCCCGAAUGCGCAAUAGAGUGAUAUGCCUGUAUGUGUGUGUUAGUGCAAUGUGCGGUUUGACACUUGGUGUCAAACGCGAUUAGCUGCGCUUAGGAAACGCUUGGUAUUAGUUUUCCAACCACAUCACAACUAAAUACCACCCCGGCAAAAGGGUUUUGCGCUGUCGCUGAGGUGAAGCUGAUCGAGUGGAAAAUGGGAAAGCUUUCACCCUUGAGUUGAGAGAGAGAGAUAAAUAUCCCCAAUUAGAAGUGGUGUGUGGAUGAGUGUGUUUUUCAAACGGUGGAGUGAAAGUGUCGUCAAGUCACCGACUUGCCGGGGCACCAAGCGAAUUCCCUCAGAGGAUUAAAGUGUUAAUACAGAAUAAAAAUAUAACACGACCGUAUUGACAUCGUGUCUCUUCCUGUGGGGCGCUCUGUUUCGUCUGACACAGGAAUAGGAAGCAAUCGAUUCUUGGUCAUUCUGUGACGCCCGGUGUGUGGACAAUGUUUAUAAAUAAGUACCGUUUCUGUGUAGUUUAGUGUAGUAAGCCAUUCAAGUUGUGAUUGCACGUGAAAUCGAUGGUGAAGAAAUGGGGAAAUGAUCCAAGUUAUGUAAAGUUUUCCAACUACAACAACCAAAAAGUGGGUAAAGCCAAUUUUAAAAUAAUCUCAAAUGAUGCUAGUUGGUCCCAUCUAAUGUGUAGUCGUGUGUCUGAAAUCAGGCGGUAAGGGGCGUACGACGCUUCAAUUCACCAUGGAUUACAUCCGCUGUGAUCAAAUAAAACUGAAGAAAAUCUUAGGCUUGACAGUAUGCAGCAGCGCUGGACUCGAUGUAUCCUCCACAACCGGCGUCCUUGCAUAUCCAGCAGGAUGUACGGUGGUGUUGUUCAACUCCAAAAAGCUCUCCCAGAACUUCCUGCUCAACACAACGAAGAAGGCCAUCACGGCCGUCGCAUACUCCGAGUGUGGUCGAUAUCUGGCAACGGGCGAAUGCGGACACAAUCCCUCGAUCAAGGUGUGGGAGCUGGACGCAUCCGGUGGCAACGGGAGCGGUACGAUCGAGAAUGGUGCCGCCGGUAGCAUCGUGGCCGAAUUCUCCGGCCACAAGUACGCCGUCAGCUGUGUGGCCUUCUCGCCCACGGGCAAGUACCUGGUGUCGGUGGGUUCCCAGCACGACAACAUCGUGAACGUGUUCGAUUGGAAGGCGAACCUGAAGAUUGCGUCGAACAAGGUGACGGCCAAGGUGGUGGCGGUUAGCUUCAGCGAGGACGGUAAUUACUUCGUAACGGUAGGCAACCGGCACGUGAAGUACUGGUAUCUGGAGGGUAGCCGCAAGUAUAAGGAACCGAUCCCGCUGAUGGGACGCAGUGCCAUCCUGGGAGAGCUUCGGAACAAUGACUUCUGUGCGGUGGCCUGCGGCAAGGGCGUGAUGGCCGAGAGUACGUACGCAAUCACGAGGAACGGUCAUCUGGUGGAGUUUAAUGCGCGUCGCCUGCUGGACAAGUGGGUGAUGUGCCGGACCAAUGCGGCCAACUGUAUGGUUGCCAGUACAAAGUACAUUCUCGUCGGUUGUGCCGAAGCCAUCGUGAGGGUAUUUAAUGCCGCAACGCUAGAAUACAUUACCACCCUGCCGAGGACACACUUCUUGGGGGUGGAUGUGGCGCAGGGCGUGCACAUCAACCACAUGAUGGCGGUACCGCAGAGCGCCAAGUAUCCGGACACCAUCGCCAUCGUAUACGACGAAGCCCGGUCGAAGGUGACGUGCGUGUACAACGACCACAGCCUGUACAUCUGGGACCUGCGGGACAUUCGGCGGGUGGGCAAGAGCCAAUCGUUCCUGUACCAUUCCGCCUGCAUCUGGGGCGUCGAAACAGUGCCAUUCAGCUACCAGCAGCUGAAGCAGAACGCCAACGGCGAUACGCUGCCGUCGGACUGCUUCAUGACCUGCUCGUCGGACGACACGAUCCGCGUGUGGGACGUGGACAGCUGCGACACGAACGAGGUGUAUCGGAAGAACAUCUACAGCAAGGAGCUGCUUAAGGUGCUGUACAUCGACGACGAGCUGAACUUCAUCAAGGACACGGACAAUCCGAUCCACAGCACGGAGAAAAACUCGAGCUACGAUGGCCGGAACGGGGUACGCUGUAUCAAGAUCAGUCCCGACAGCCGACAGCUAGCGACGGGCGACCGAAGUGGCAACAUUCGAAUCUACAAUCUCAGUAAUCUUAAGCUCAUCACAACGAUCGAGGCGCACGAUUCGGAGGUCCUGUGUCUGGAGUACACGAACGAGAAAAUCGAGCGCCGGUUGCUGGCCAGCGCGAGCCGCGACCGGUUGAUACACAUCUUUGAUUGUGAAGCGAACUAUCGGAUUCUGCAGACGCUGGACGAUCAUUCGAGCAGUAUCACGUCGGUGCGGUUUAUCGGGGCCGGCAAGCAGUUCCAGAUGGUGUCCUGCGGUGCGGAUAAAUCCAUCAUCUUCCGCCACUUCCAGAACAAUGUGUUUCUGCGGGGCAAUAACUGUUCCGGCAAGAACACGCUGUACGAUAUGGAGGUGGACAGUAACAGUAAGCACAUACUGACGGCGUGUCAGGACAGGAACAUUCGCGUUUACAGUACGCAGAAUGCAAAACACACCAAGACGUUCAAGGGUUCGCACUCGGACGAGGGCAGCUUGAUUAAAGUUAGUCUGGAUCUGAGUGGAAUCUACAUUGCGACGUCUUGCACGGACAAAACGCUCAGCGUGUAUGACUACUAUUCGAACGAAUGUAUGGCACGGAUGUACGGCCACAGUGAGCUCGUUACCGGGCUGAAGUUUACGAACGAUUGUAAAUACCUCAUAUCGGCCAGCGGUGAUGGGUGUGUGUUUAUCUGGCAGGUACCUCACGAUAUGAUUGUUACGAUGCAGGCGCGGCUAUCACAGCAAGCGCUACGGUCGGGUAUACAACCGAUUCCACGGACGCUUCAACCAACCAGCCCGUUCACUGACGCCAUCAUGAACCAUCCGCAACCGACGCCGGUGCCGAAUAGUAACGCAGUCUCAGAGUUUGGAUCGCCACCGAACAGCGCUUUUCUGGUCGAUGAUGCUCCAGUCACGCCCGGGUAUCGGUUUUCCGAUGUUGGUCAGCUGCCCCAGUGGGCUAAGAGGAAACCGUCGGAAGAUUUACAGUCCAAUUCACCCGUGCUUGGGAGCAGUCCCAGCCAGGGUGGUAGUAAUUUCGGUGGCUUAGCACCGAAGCCUCGAGGGCGCUGGGGUCAGAAGGGUGUCGGUGGACAGCUGGAAGAUCCGUUCGAUUUGCGGAAUAUCGUCGAGAGUAGCCCGCUCGGUACAACGUUUAGUGCGGAUCAGCGACAGCCCACCACACCAACACCGCCACAGCCUGUCUCUGGUCAUCCGACGCAUCCACCUGCAACUAACACACCAACGUCGGGGUACAAUAGCAGUGGCUCGAAGGAUGUGUACAGCAAUGCCUACCUCAGUGAGGACAGCUCGAUCGACAGUGGGCGAGAAAAUCGCCGACCAGAUCUGAGCUCCUUCCUGCACAAGAAGAUCACCGAAACGAAGGCUCUGAACAGCUUGAACUCGGAAUCGAACACGGAGCACGAUGGGGACGUGGAGGACAUAUCGGAUGGUGAGCGAACGAGCUCGGACCAUGGCAUGGUGUACUACCCAUCCGCAGCGCCUUCCACUCCAACGGAUUUCAAGAUCAACGAUGUCGACACAAACGAGCUGCGCAAAUCGAUCCGGCGGCAGAAGCUAGAAAAGCAAGGCCUUAGCCUAGCGGCCCAAUUUCAGAGUGCCGCGUCAGGAACCGGUACGGGAACGUCAGACGACGAGGACGAAGGAUCCACCCCAAGCGGUGAUAAUGCGGAUCGAUCGCUGGCGUCGACACUUGGUGGCAGUUCGGAAAGUAUUCCUCAGCAGGCAUCUUCCACCUUUCUGCAGGCUGUCCUUGACGGCCCGGGUAGCUUAUCCGACCGGGAACGAUCACAAGCGAGGAAGAGCAUGAGCGCAAAGCACAACAACGAUGCAAAGAUAACGACCAGCAUAUCGAAAUCGUUUGCCAACAACAAGAAGGAAGAGCUGAUGAAGGUGAUCAACGAGGCAAAGGCAAAGCUGGAGAAUGGGAUAAUGUUUCAUAAUAAGCGUGCCUUAAAUUAUGCGCAAUUAAAGGUCGGCUACCGAUCCGGUUUACGCGCUAGUCAAAGCAUAUCCGAUCUGAGUCACUCGAUGAACAUGUCCGGGGCAGGUCCAAACCGUACGCAACGGAUAGAAGUAGAUAAUAGUUUGCAUUCCAGAGGGUGUCCUCCAAUGGCUGGUGCGUCCGGACCGUACGGAGCACCCGCCACCUACACGAACGCUUCCAACUUUCUGCACAGUGCGGCACCACGAUCGAAGCUUGCCCAAAACUGUAUGCUUAUGAACCAGAUACAGCAAGAACUUCCGCCAUAUCCGCGUGACGUUGGGAUCUACGAGCAACCGGCUCAGAGACCCGACAAACUGGACCUCGUCGAGCUUCCCCCAGUGCCUGCCGAUAAGUUACGGAAGCAUCCUGGCAUAUUGAAGAACUAUAAAUCUUGCCCGGUGUCACCGGUGCACGAAGAGCAGGAAUGGUCUAGCCCAUCGAACCACGACGAAUCGUCGCACAAUCAGCAAAAGUCACACGAUCGCACGGGAAGGCACGGCCAGAUGCGACACUCGAUGUACUACGAAGAUGCCAAAACGAUACUGAGCAUGAUACAUUCGGACACCGAGAAGAUGAUACGCGAAAUCACGAGCAAGUACGGCGAUUUGGAUGACAUCAAACCGGCUGUGAAGGUGAAGGACGAAGAGGGCAAAGAAAAGCCAACACCGCCUGCCCGACCUUCCACAGAAACUGAACCGAAAGCUUCCUCUUCGCAAGACACGCAUCACGAGCAUGGGUUCCUGUCGGAAGAUGAGCCCAACUUUAGCUCCGAUUCGCUGGAAGACUGCAGUCUCGAUCUGGACCUGGAACGACAGGGUUUACCGGUGCCGGCGAGAAAGAAACACUGUGCCAAACAUCAUCCGGCCAAGAAGCGGCCACUCUCACUGCCAAAACGAUCCGUGUCCGAUUACUUUAUCUACGAUCAACCAGCGCAAGGUGCACCGUACGAGGUUCCCUACCGAAACGUGUCACUUUCGGACAUUCUGGACGAUGAGGAAGCGAUCCGGCAGGCGGAGAAUCGAUUCCUCGAAACACAGCGCCAUUCGAGUGCGAGCUUCUUCCUGGGGCAACAGUACCCGACACGGAAGAGCCAGGAAAGCAUCCUUUCGGACGAGUAUGGAAGUGGUGGAGUUAGUUUUUGUAACAGCAUGGAAAGCAUUCUGUCGGAUGAUUCCGAGUGUAAGAGUGCACCGUUGGAGGUGCUGUUUGGGCGCAUUCGGCGUGAUCAGCUCAGUCAGGUUGGGCAUGGACACGGUGGGCGAAAUGCUUCCAAUUUCGAGUAUAAGCUCGAAGGGCUUGGUUGUGCUACUUCCAAAUCUUACGGCUCGAGUCCUAAUGCGGGCAGUGGGUUCGAUUACUAUAUGCAGGGAAAUUAUUUCCAUGCGACGGCUACCGAUUCCAGCUACUUCGGUAUGGUGCACGAUAGUUUGGAGUACGGUGGUGGACAGGAGCGUCGAACGGGAACACAAGUUCGCCAAGGAGCACCGGGCAUGCCAACUUCAAUCAGCUAUCCAAGGUUUCUACCGAGCUUGGCAUCUGCUGGAGCAGCUCCACUAUCAUCAGGGCGGGAGGAACUGCUUUUCAACGAAACGUUCGAAGAGGGAGAAGACUUCAUACCGACCCUUACAUCGAAGGCUGCUCAGUAUGGCGGCGCUACCGUGAAGAGCCUCAGCAAAGACUUUGCCAACCAGCGGAAGCAGAUGAACUCGAAUCCGCUCUACAACUGCAACGAUGGAACCGGCGGCAAUGGGGAUCUCUUUAUACGAAAAACGGUCAACGCUACGAAUCAAUCACAUCAUCAGAUCACGCGAUCGGACAUCUUCGGCACGGAGUCUUCCGUGUACGUGAUGAAAAAAUCGUGCAGCUUCGAAAUCGAAAUGGGAGGCAGGCGAAUAGCUCGAAACUCGAAAAAAUUCGAGCAAAAUCUGCAGCGAUUCGAGCAAGAGCGAAAGCAGUCGAACGAUCGCUUCCAUCAUCAGCAGCUCGGAGGAACGUUGGAGAUGGAUUACGUACCGCACAAACCACCGGUAGCGCAUCGGCGAUCGGCCAGCAUGAAGGGCCGUGGUCGGGUACGAUCGAAGGAAAAGUUUAACACAAUCAUUGGCCAGAUGUCAAACGCCCCCGGGCAGUGUGAUGAACCUGCGAUGAUCGGCGGUAAGCUGAGGGAUUUUGUGAACAGAGAUUUUGUGAUGCCCCCGAAGUCGGCGGACCUGAUGUCCGUGUCGGUGGGCGGAGUGCGCCGCUGUGAUUUUGGUGAGGAAAAGUCUUUCGAAGUGUAUGUCGCCGAGAAGGGAGUCAGUGAGGAUGAUAAUAUGGAUAGUUUGGAGUUGCUGUCGAAGGCUAAGAGUGCGGCUUGCGUACGGAAGGAGAACUCUACCGAUUCGCUGGAGGUUGUCGCACCACCUGUUGAAGGUUUGACGGAGAUCGGAGUGGAAGCGUUCGAGUGUAUGGAAGCAACUGAAGACGGUGUAGCUAACCAAGAAGCGGAUGAGGCACUCAUCGCUGAAGAAGCGCUAGAAGUACCGAAGAAAAGUCUCACCCAGGGUGCAACGAGUGAGCUGGAAAAGCUGAUCGAUCGAGGACUCCUCACCAGUGGCGAGUACAACCGGUUUCUCGACAUCGAGAAAAAGAUCGACAUCAUCAACAAGCUUGUGGAGCUGGAGGAGCGCAAGCUCGAACAGGAACGCACUGCGAAAGAGUACCGGAUGCGCCCGUUCGACUGCGAUCCUCGGCAGAAGGGGUACGUGAAGAGCUUGACGGAAAACUUUGACCGGUUGGCGAAGGAUGCGCAGGAAGAGUUGGAAAACGAGAAAAGCUGGCAUCAGGCAAAAGCUCGCAUGAAGCGCAACUUUAGCCUGCCGGAUGUGCUCGACUUUGGGGCGGAUUGUUGCUGCCGGCAUGGCAAGUGCUGCGAGCAGGAAGAUGGUGAGGAGGGUGAAGAUUGUGGAUGCUGCGGGGCGGAUGGAUGCGAUGCGUACAAGCAGAAGGACGAGGAGGAACUGUCGGAGAAGGAUGAAAACUCGAUGGCGGCUGCCGUUGCGGCUGUGGCGGCGGCUGUCGCUGCCAUUGGGAUGUCGAGCAGCGAUGAAGGCGGUAAUCCCCGAAGCUUAAUCUCUGCGCAAGAUAGUGAAUCUUCGAUUAGACGUGCUUGUUCGCUUAGUGAUUUGAGUAUGGGAAAAGGCUACAAAUCUCCCAAUCAAUCGACAACUGGCAGUGGGCAGUACAAACCAUCGGUAAGCAACAGAAACACCAGCACGCCGACACGCAACACGCCCAAGCGCAGUACGUCGUCGGUCGGCAAGGGCGGUGCUUCGCUGUCCACGGGCAUGGGCGUCCGUAGUGUUUCGGUUGGGAUGCUAAACCAAGCGAGUGACUCCGAGGCGGAACCACCAAACACACGCGGAGGACUGCUAAAACCGACGAUUUCUUCCCAGAACAAAAUCAACGGUACGGGUAAUGGGACCGGUAAUGGCAGCGGUGGCAAAUACAUUAACCCUCGCAGUGCUGCCGGCAUCAUUAACCGACGGAAAGGCCUGCAAAACGCUUACAGUAGUGUAAACAUCUCAACGGCCGGGCAGGAUGAAUCGAGCUCGGAAGAAUCGCCCACCAGCACGGUAAGCACGGUACCGACGAAACCGGCCGUCCCACCGCGCCCGCGAAGCAUCGCCUUCGAACACAAGCGGAUAGCGAACGUGAACACUAGUCUUAUCAACGCGAAGAAAACGGUUACCGUCGGCGGCACUACGACCAUUCCGUCCGAGUCGACCAAUGGGGGCAGCGGUGGCAAUAACAAUGCCGGCACCAAUCAUGCUGGCAUCAUGCCCCUGAAGGACGGUGAUCUGGACAAUGCGGACCUUACCAAUCAGCUUUGUACGAACAUUAUCAACCAGCUCGUACAGACGACCUCCACCGUGAUUCAGCUGCACCAGCGGCUAAAGUCGAGCGACGAGGCAAGCAUUAACGGGCGCAGCAACAACUCGCUGAUGCUGAAGGAGCUCGAAAAUGCCGUCAUCAUGACGCAAAACAUGCUCACCAAAAUCACCAAUCGCAAUCACAACGAUGGUAUCAACAACAAUAACAUGAGCAAUAACACCAACAAUCAAAUAAUGUACGAAAAGUGUGUCGACAUGCUGAACCAGGUGCAGAAGCACGUGAACAACAACGGCUAGUAAGCGAACCACUCACAGCAGCAACUCUCAGUAACAACUCUGUGUUCAGAUUCUGUUCGGGCACGUGUGCCAACACCCGGGGCGGGGAGAGGGUAUGCAGAAAACGAGGAAACAUUCCCCAAAUCAGCAGGAUAACAACAACAACAACCGUCAAUUUUCUCACCUAAGACGAACGAGUAUGUCUCUAGCACAGGUGCACGCACCGAAACGACUUGUUUUAGCGCGUUUUAUUUGAAUGGAUGGAUGCGCUCUGCGUAGGUAGGUUAAUUUCCCCAAAACUUUUUUGACUACUGAACUUGUUUUUUGUUUGAAGAACGCGGAAAAAUUCAUUAGUCGGUAUACGGAGAGAAAAGGGUAUAUAUGUAUAUCAGCGCCAUAUCUAGAAUGAGUUUAACUUAAGAGCGAGAAAAUGGUUUUUAUAGAGUAGACUUUCCCCUCCUUUUUUCCUCUAAAAUACCAUAAAGCGCCUAUAUUAACGAAUGCGCAGACAUGCAAGCAAGCAAGCGAAGGCUCGGUCUGUCCUCUAGCUCUUACUGCACUAGCAUAAUAUUUCGUUACAUGUUUUCUAUCUGAUAAAAAAAAACUUCGUUCUCGUUCUCGUUGAGUUGCAAGCAGCAGACAUAAUUAGACAUUGAGAGUUAGUUUGUAGGACAAGAAGAAAAAAAAAAAGGGAAAAAUAUCCAUUCACCUAUUGCCGUCCACGAAUGUGUGUUUUUGCUUUAGUCGAGACUACUAACGGUUAGUUUGUACGAUCGCACCAUCGUAGCUGUUCGUUUUUGAUGGUAGAGCUUUCCGAAGGCGCUCGAAACAAGAAGCAUCGGGGGAAAGCAUUAAUCGUUCAACUCUCUCCUUUUGUUUCAAUAGCAUUGAAUCAGCCAGAUGGGUGUGUGUAGGUGUUUUUUUUAAAGAGUAUCGAGUACAUCGAAUCGAAAAGUGCGCCCUUAAUAUGGUCGAUAGUGGACGAGUUCGUUCUUAAUUCACAUUUAAUUGUAGUUGAUAGUUCUUAGUCCGGGCGCGGAACGAUGGCGACGAAGCGCAGUGUGUAGUGUGUUCAGGUGUGAGGGAAAGCUACAACCCUCCCGAGAAACCCGUUUCAGUCAGUACUAAUAUUUAACUUAAUCGACCACACGAAAGCACACACACACAUUAAAGCAACUUAUUAAAUCAUAUUGAUUUACUUUCCCCGUAAUGGAAACACUAAAUCAUAAUUAACACACACCUACUACUACUCCAACUAAGGGAAAGGCUAAGGGGAGUGCGAAGUGUGUGGUACACGAGUAAGGAAUUUAGCAAGGAAUUUAACGUUUAAUCAAUGUGCUGUGGAUGAUAUGACUAUUCUAAACAGGUCAGAUCGGACGGAAAGAAGAAGCGAUGGUAGCGAUGCGUUUGUGAGUGGCGUUGUUGUGUGUGUAUGUGUGUAAAAAGUAAAUUCGUUGCGUGAGGAGUGAUCAUUUCGCAUAAUUCGCUGUAAAUAGUAAUUGCUUCAAGAGGAAGAAAAAACAGGAAACAGUUUUUUUGUACCUCUACUUGGCGGAGGUUCGACACUAAAAGUCCAGCCAAAAGGUGAAAAUAUGUACACAAAGUAUCAAUUUGAAAUGUACUUAUUUUACACGGUUGGGCUUAGGAUGAAAGUUAACUAACGAAAAGAAAAGAAAAAAAAACUACAAAGUUACAAACCAACGUACAUUGUCUUUCCAAACAUGUGAAGCGAACCAUAACCUCAAAUUAUUGUGAGUCCCUUUCCCCCUCCCGAGCAACUAGCGCGGAGGGACGACUGUAGUCAGAAACAGAAAGCAACAACCGAGGUACCUUAACAAUGUAAUACACUCGACUCGAAUUCACUAUUUUUGAGCGUGUAGUUGCUGCGACAACAAAUCGCAAAUAGCCGUUUAGAGAGAAACACAACAGCAACAACAAAACACGCAUCCAUGUUCCCGGUGUUCCGCGCAAGGGGUAGAUAAAGUAGGUAGUGUACGAUGUGUAACACAGGAGUAUUUACAAUUGGAACGAUUUCAAUUACUAUUGCAACACCUGGAAGGAAUUGUUGUGGAAAGGAUUUUGAAUAUCGGCACAUCGGCAAGUCACUUUAACACAAAACUCUAAACUCAAGACACGCGUAGCACUCACACCUCGAUCGACGGGUAAUAGCAGAUCAUUCCGGAAGUAUUCAAGUAUUUUGAUGAUUUUUGUUUUAUAGACUCGGACGUUAAUCUCAAACAACAGGGCGAAAAAUUGAUUUGUCUCAUGCAGAGGUCAGAUAAAAAAUCGCAAAUUAAUUGGAAAUUUCAUAUUUUUACGAUCAAGGUAAAGCACACUUCAAUUUACGAUGGAUACCUUCCGGAUGAUCUACAUACAUACAAUCGUUCUUAAAGCUUUACCAAUCCAACUCUCUUAUAACCGUUUCAAACGAUACUGACCGUCGUCAUUCCGUGAAGUAUUUCGUCCUAUUUACAGGGUUUCUCAGCCCAGCCCUCAAUAUUGUAAAGCCGUUGAGAAACCCUGUAAUGACGCAGCAAUGUAAAAAUCAAUUUAAUAAGGGGACGACGUUACAUCUAGCGACUUGGAAAGAGUUCAUUAGUGUGAUUGUGUAAAAAGGCACAGUUUUUGUAUAGAAUAUUGUAAUAUUAUUUCUCUUGCAACCUUUCCUGAGUUUAACUUUCCCUUGGUAAUGUUUUAAAUUCACAUCUCCGUUUUAAAACCCGUUAAUUCAGUAUCGUUUUUGUGUGCUUUUGUGCAUCAACCUCUGCUAGAUGUACAUCUCCCCUCGAAAGUCUCUAAAACUCUCUCUCUCACUCUCUCUCUAUCUUACCAAUAUACCGUGGAACCGCUGGAUGUUGUCAGUUUUCAUGCCAAACAAAGUAAUAUAACACAGAAUGCAGCUAGGGAUAAGGAACAAAGGUUUUGACUGUAGUAAAGUGAAUUGAAUUGAAAUGCUCUAAGUACAGACAGCACAGUUAACCAACCAACCAAACACUUCACAGCACUGCAGCAACGAGAGCUAGUUGCUUGGUGGCUAUAUUUCAUAUGUAAUUUAAACACGGAAAAAUUGGAAAAAACGAACACCCCGAUACCGCGUUAAGGAUCGAUUGCUAAUGCUGCAUACUGAUUGCUGCAUCAAUUUAUAAGUACAUAUAUAUUAUAAUAAUUAUAAUUAUCUCCUUUCGCUAUAAUCCCGUCUCGUUAUUACUACUACUACUACUACAACUACUAGCAUACACUCACACGUUGCAAAGCAUUGCAGCUGACACAAAUGGCGAGGGAGAGCUGGCCGCAAGCUUUACUAGCAUUCACUCAACUCAGCUGUUAUUAAUACUUACACACUUAUCAACACUCUCACAGUUACACACAUGAAAAACUCCCGGAACCGGAUGCAGCAGUAUAUACAAGAACUGAACAAAAAAUAUUGUUUUAGUGAGAGAAUCGAAACGAACAAUUGUGAACCGUGAGUUGUAGUGAAGUGGCAGUGGAAGAAAACAAGAAAAGCCGAAAACAAUAAGCGGAAGUGGUAAAGUAAUUUAAUUUAACAUAACUGAUCAUACUACUACUAAAAAAACCCAAGCCAACAACCUAACGGAAAAAGAAAACGAAACCGAUGGUGGAGUGAAGGUGAGAAAAUGAAAUGGAAAUAUAUUUAAAAAAAGAAAUCGAAAAUAACAAGACACAACUUAAGGUCAAACUUCUUCCCAUAAGCUUAUCUUCGGGUGCGCCUAGUGUGCGGUGUUGUGAAACAGUGAUCGCCAUGAAAGAAAGGGCUUUUUUGUGCUGGAAAAACGGAAGGUCGCCAAAUGUAACUCGCUUUGCUCUCGCUAGCCUUCUACGGUUCUGUCAUGUUCUGUACUAAUAUCGUCAGCUGCAUCGGUCGGUUCCUCGCUUUCGGUGAUCGAAAACGAUCGAGCCACAGAUGCAGAUGGUCGGCCGAGGAAAAAUAUCCCCCACCCCCAAAAAGGACGGGUUGCUUGCUCCACGGAGGCAAGGAAUCCCGGUUCUGUGCUGAAGGGGAAAACUUCUCCAAAUAAGGUAAGUUGUAAUGCUUUUGGAUUGGCAACAGGUGAUGGGAAAUUUGUGGUUCAAAUCUAACACGCUUGCUCUACUGUUUAUUUCAAAUUAACAAUCCUUACCCCACACAGAAACACACACUCACAUGCACUCGUCCAAUCGUUACCGCGUUAGAUAGUAAGCACAGGCAAAUGUAAAUAAGUGUAAAAUUUUCAUAAAUUUUAAUACAACAACGGUGUAAAAGUCAUUUCCAUCCCAGCAUGGCAAUAAAAUGCUACGGAGCUCAAUGGAUCAGCUCUACAUUCCGAA